AUGAGUAACGAGCCGACUAAAACGUUAAAUGCUUCGGAUGCAUCCUCAGGUUUUAAUUGGUGGAUACGAACGCUCAAGUAUAAGACAGGCAUAAAUCUCACAGAUCAAGAGAAAGUUGCGUACGAAGAAGAGCGAAAGAUAAAAACCGAAACGGAACAGUGUGCUAAAUGUAACGAAUACAAAGACUUCAUGCUUCAGUAUUCUCCAACGGUCACAUUCAUGAUUGACCAGAUCCGUCGAGCAGGAGGUUACGUGGAUCCAGCGAAAAUUAAUUGUGAAAUCUGUACCGUUCCAAGAUAUGGUGGUUUUAAUCCUGGUCUGGGAGUUCAACUUUGUGCCAACUACAUCGAUAACAGAUGGGUUCUUAACGACACCCUAUCUCAUGAGCUUGUCCACUGGUAUGAUAACACUAGAUUCAAAGUGGAUUGGGGAGAUAUCAGACAUCAUGCUUGCACCGAAAUUCGUGCAGCGUCACUAAGUGGAGAGUGUGCUAUUGUCACAGAAUUCAAAAGAAGAUUAGGGUUCAUGAGAUACGCAAAAGGGCACCAGGCUUGUGUUAAGCGAAAAGCAAUACUGAGUGUUAUUAAUCAUCCCAAGUGCAAAGACAAACAACAUGCGGAAGAAGUUGUGGAAGAAGUUUUCAGAAGCUGUUUCAAUGACACAAGACCAUUUGAGACUAUAUAUAGAUAG